CCCUCCCUCCCAACUCUUGGGUUCUGGGCUGAGGCCAGGGACUGUCCGGAGCUGAUCUCGGGCUCUCAUUGGCCGCUGUCUUUGGUGACGUCACGAUCAUGAUGAGAAUUGAUGAUCGGACACGCUGAUUUCAUUGUCUGAGGCGGCAGUGGAGACCCAGGAAAAAAUCUUGCGGACUCCGCCUGCUCUGGCCCUGGUCUCAUCUUGGAACCUCUGAUCUCUUUCGUGACCGCACCACGCCCGAGAUGAAUCUACGUUCUGUAUUUACUGUAGAGCAACAAAGGAUUUUACAGCGUUAUUAUGAAAAUGGAAUGACAAAUCAAAGUAAAAAUUGCUUUCAGCUCAUAUUACAGUGUGCACAGGAGACUAAGCUGGACUUCAGUGUAGUCAGGACGUGGGUUGGCAAUAAGCGAAGAAAAAUGAGUAGUAAAAGCUGUGAAUCAGGAGCAGCAGGAACUGUGUCUGGUACCUCAUUGGCAGCGCCAGACAUUACAGUCAGAAAUGUGGUUAAUAUUGCCCGCCCUUCAAGCCAGCAAUCUUCUUGGACUUCUGCCAAUAAUGAUGUCAUUGUAACUGGUAUAUACAGUCCAGUAAGCUCAUCAAGUAAGCAAGGCACUACAAAGCAUACAAAUACACAAAUUACAGAAGCACAUAAAAUUCCUAUUCAGAAGGCAGCCAAUAAAAAUGACACUGAAUUACAAUUGCACAUUCCUGUUCAAAGACAAGUAGCGCACUGUAAGAAUGCUUCUGUGCUCCUAGGGGAAAAGACAAUUAUUUUGUCAAGACAGACAAGUGUACUAAAUGCUGGAAACUCAGUGUACAAUCACACAAAGAAAAGCUAUGGAAGUUCUCCGGUGCAAGCUUCAGAAAUGACAGUACCUCAAAAGCCAUCUGUGUGCCAGCGACCUUGCAAAAUUGAACCAGUUGGGAUUCAAAGGUCAUAUAAACCUGAACAUGCAGGUCUGGCAUCACAUAACUUAUGUGGGCAAAAGCCAACCAUUAGAGACCCUUGCUGUAGAACACAAAACUUGGAAAUUCGUGAAGUGUUUUCAUUGGCAGUCAGUGAUUACCCUCAGAGAAUUCUGGGAGGAAAUAGCACACAGAAGCCGGCCUCAGCAGAAGGAACUUGUUUGUCCAUUGCAAUGGAGACUGGAGACGCAGAGGAUGAAUAUGCCAGAGAAGAAGAACUGGCAUCAAUGGGAGCACAAAUAACAAGCUACUCAAGGUUUUAUGAAAGUGGCAAUUCCCUUCGAGCUGAGAACCAAAGUACAAAUUUGCCUGGACCAGGAAGAAACCUGCCAAAUUCACAAAUGGUGAAUAUUAGAGAUUUGUCAGACAAUGUACUGUAUCAGACUAGAGACUACCAUUUGACACCACGGACCUCAUUGCAUACAGCAUCUAGUACUAUGUACAGUAAUACUAAUCCAUCACGGAGUAAUUUUUCUCCACAUUUUGUAUCAUCAAACCAACUGAGGUUAUCACAAAACCAAAACAAUUACCAGAUUUCAGGAAACCUUUCUGUGCCUUGGAUUACAGGGUGUUCUAGGAAAAGAGCACUACAGGACCGCACUCAAUUCAGUGACCGAGACUUGGCUACUCUUAAGAAGUACUGGGACAAUGGUAUGACCAGCCUGGGCUCUGUAUGUAGAGAGAAGAUUGAAGCUGUUGCAAUUGAAUUAAAUGUCGACUGUGAAAUAGUUCGGACUUGGAUUGGGAAUCGAAGAAGAAAAUACCGUUUAAUGGGAAUUGAAGUUCCACCUCCAAGAGGAGGCCCUGCUGAUUUCUCUGAGCAGCCUGAGUCUGGUUCUUUGUCUGCACUCACACCAGGAGAGGAAGCUGGGCCUGAAGUAGGAGAGGAUAAUGACAGAAAUGAUGAAGUGUCCAUCUGUUUGUCCGAAGCAAGCUCUCAAGAUAACAUCCCCCGGGUUCAUCCAUGUUGCAGCAAAUAGCAGGGCAAGGAAGGUCAAGUAUAUCAAAUGUAAUAAAAGAGUGGAUUUUUGAAUGGGGUAGGAGAAUGGGGAGAUGGAACUCAGAGGGUACAAAGUUACAAUGUGUGUGAUGAAUAAGGGGAAAGAUCUAAUAAAAAGCAUGAAGACCACAGUUAAUGAUAGUGUAUUGUGUAUUCAGGAUUUUCAAUAAGUGAUGAUAGCAGCUGUCGCCUGGGGGAUGGGAAACUGUGAGAUGAUAAAUAUGUUAAUUUGUUGCAUUGUAGCAAUCUUUUUGCUAUAUACAUGUAUAUUGUAUUAUAUACCACAAGUACAUACAAUAAAAUUUAAUUUAAAAUAUAUGGUAGAGAUAAGAAAGUUAAAUUGAAUUUAUACAGAACAUUGUAUUAAAAUUCUGCUGAAGUUUUCUUGGAUAUCAUAUACUUGAAUUCUCAUAAACAAUUCUUAAAAGUGAAUUUCUCCUAAUCCUUCUUCAUGCUUAUACAUGGAAAUAAAUGGACUAGGAAAAUCUUAGGAGGGAUGAUAUAUAUUUUUGUUCUGCUUUCUAAGUUGAAUGAAAUGUCAUUUGCCGAGGGUCUGAGAAAUUUUGCUAGUAUUUAUCCAAAUUAUCUCCAUGAAAUUGCUGUGUAGAAAAGAGAGACACAGAGAUAAAUAUUCCUACUCCAUUUUUAAGGCAUCUGGGUGAGGAUAUUACAAAAUAAAGGGGCAAAGGGGUAAUGUAUGUAGAUACACCCAGUGCCUUGAAGCAGACACUUGCCAUAGCUCAUCACAGACAGCUUUUAUUAGACUAGUUUCUCUAAAUUAAUGUCUCUCGUUGUUUUAUUAUUUUUUAUUUUAAAAUAAUGAAUUUGAUUAGAAAAAAUACAAAUCCAUUGUUGAAAAUACUAUCGGAACAGAAAUAAUCUUACACCUUAGAGAACAACCUUCUUCUCCUUCUCCUUCUCCUCCUCCUCCUCCUCCUUCUCCUCCUUCUCCUUCUCCUUCUUCUCCUUCUCCUUCUUCUCCUCCUGCUCCUGCUCCUCCUCCUCCUCCUCCUUCUCCUUCUUCUCCUCCUUCUCCUUCUCCUCCUUCUCCUUCUCCUUCUUCUCCUUCUCCUUCUCCUUCUUCUCCUGCUCCUCCUCCUCCUCCUCCUCCUCCUCCUUCUCCUCCUCCUUCUUCUCCUUCUCCUUCUUCUCCUUCUCCUCCUUCUCCUUCUUCUCCUUCUCCUCCUUCUCCUUCUCCUCCUUCUCCUUCUCCUUCUCCUUCUUCUUUUCUUUUCUUUUUUUCUUUUGGUUUUUUGAGACAGGGUUUCUCUGUAUAGCCCUGGCUGUCCUGGAACUCACUUUGUAGACCAGGCUGGCCUUGAACUCAGAAAUCCUCCUGCCUCUGCCUCCCAAGUGCUGGGAUUAAAGGCAUGCGCCACCACUGCCCAGCGAGAACAACCUUCUAUAAACAAGAGCAAAGGGAUAUUUUCAUGAGUAGUAUCUCUUUGCAUAUGUAUAAGAUAUAUAAAGGUGAAUGUGUAUAUACAAGUGUUGAAGUGAUCCUGCCUUUUAAUACAAUUGGAAAUCUGAAUUUAAAAUUUUAUACCAUUUAUUGAGAAAUUAAUUUGCUGUUUUUAUCUUAUAAUGAUCAAAGCCAGGUGUGGUGGCAGAGGUCUGAAAAUCCACCACCUAGGAUGUAGAGACAGAAAAAAUUAUUGAAACUUUAAAGUUAAUCUCAUCUGCAUGAUGAGUUCUUUCCCAGUCAAGGCUAUGUAGCAAGACCUUAUCCACCAAAAAAAAAAAAAAAAAGAAAGAAAGAAAAAGAAAAGAAAAAUGAGUAAUAUUAUAGAAGAAGCUUCACCGAACAAAAUUUAAAAACUUCAAAAUAAAAGUAAAAAUCAUUUAUAAUUAUAUAUAAUUCUAUCCAGAGAUAAUAAUGGAAACAAUAUUUGAAAAAAAUAGUGUCAUCUCUUGGUUUUAUUUAUUAGACACACACAUUUGUAUAUGUACAUAUAUAUGCAUGUGUGUAUAUUUUACAAAUGUAAGAUUGUGUGUACCUAUAUCAUAAGUGACUUGUGUAUUUAUUCAUUGCUGAAGAUAAAAGUUUCUCACAUCUUUUCUAUCAUAAAUAAGCAGAGUGAUGAUCAUUUGUAUAUUUCUACCCAUCCACAUAACUAAUGAAAAUAUAUAUGACUCAAUAAGAUAUGAAUAAAGUUAAAAACAAUGCAUAUUUGUGAUUUGCCAUGUGUACAUUUUUAGCAAAACAGACAAAAUUAUUCUUUAAAGAAAUAUACUAAGGUUUUGAGAUACAAGAUAUGGACUCUACUUUUUUUUUUCCUAUAGAGGAGUCCAAUGAACUUAUCCCAAAUGAGACCAGGGCACAUAAGGAUGAAGAGCACCAGGCAGUAUCUGCAGAUAA